AUGACCUAUGAUAACGAAGAUCCAUAUCAGGGGUUCAAGAGAUCUCAGUUAUUCAUGUUUGUAAAGGCUUUGUCAGUGCCCGUGAACCCUGAUCAGGAGUUGGGGCGACUUGAGAUCCCAGCUGAGCUAUCUGCUCUGCUGAAGAAAGCUGAAGGUUGUCAGCAUGUUAUGACCGAGAGCAUCACAGAAACCUUGCCCCCAGAAGUCUCAGCUCAAGACACACUGGCUCUGCCCCCUGACAUUGAUAAAUUCCCCUUUUCCAGCUUCAUCUCCAAAAACUUUCAGAAACCAACCCUGCCCACUCCAGGACAGCCACUGACUUCACCGCUGACUUAUCUGGAUGGGGCAAGUUCUCAGCUUGCUCUGGAUGUCAACAAAGUGAUGUUGAGGCUCCUGGGUGACAUAUCACUGGAGUCCUGGCAGGAACAGACCAUGGGCACAUAUUUGGCCUGCCUAGGCCAGCGCAACCCUGCCCUGAGGAAUGAGAUCUUUUGCCAGCUUGUGACCCAGCUAUGGCGCAACCCUGAUGAACAGCAGUCCUAUCGAGGCUGGGCACUCAUGGCCAUCCUGCUCAGUGCCUUCCCCCCAUCACUGACCCUUCAGAAGCCACUGCUCAAGUUUGUGUCUGACCAUGCUCCAAAGGGCAUUGCAGCUGUGUGCCAACACAAGCUCUUGGAGGCAUUGCAACAGUGCCAGACAGUAGCUAACACUGUCCGUGCCUACCCACCUACCCAACUGGAGUGGAUUGCAGGGUGGCGCUGUGGGCGGAUGGCCCUUGAUGUCUUUACCUUCAGUGAAGAACGCUACUCAGCAGAAGUAAAAUCCUGGACCACAGGAGAACAGUUCGCUGGCUGGAUCCUACAGACCAGGGGCAUAGAGCAGCCUAUCCGGGGCUGGUCAGUGUCUCUGCUCUCUGGAGAUGCCUGGCAGGAUUUGGUUGGCUCUGACUUUGUUCUGGAUCUGAUUGGAAGCACUGAGGACUUAGGGGACCCCACUACCCCUGACUGCUACCCCAUCAACUCGCAGAACACGAUUUACAAAGACAUCCCUCCACCUCCUAGUAUCCAAGCUCCUCCCUUGGCUCCAGGGCCGCCUCCAGGUCCUGCCCCUUCACUGCCUCAGAAGGUCCCUACAAGGCAACCCCAGAGCCCUGGGAGUUUGGAUGGUUACGUGGAUGAUCUCUUUGAGACUGUACUCUCCCCGGGGCCCAGGGAUCUGGAACAAGUCAGGGCACUAAAUAGCCGAAUGAAAGGUGGUGGAGGUAUCGGGACUCAGCAAGGAGCCUACCCCAUGAUGUACCCAGGAAUGAUGCAGAUGCCAACUUACCAACCUCCCAUUGGGCCAAUGAUGCCAGCACCUGUACCGCUUAUGCCAGCAGUGGGUGGGAUCCCAGCCAUGCCAGCCAUGAUGAUGCCCUCCCAGCCCCAGCCUGUGGUGCCCGCACUCAGUGCCAGAGAGCUGGCUGCACAGCAGCAGAGCUUCAUCAACCAGCAGGCCAUGAUCUUGGCUCAGCAAAUGACCACACAGGCCAUGGCUCUUUCCCUGGGACAGCAGACCCAACAGCAGCCCCCAGCCCAGGCUUCCAUGUCUCCAUCCCAGCCUGCUCCAAGAGCUCCUAAACCCAAGGAGUCCCCAGCUGAAGUCAGAAAAAGCACAUCAGCUUCCAAGCUGGAGCCCCAAAGGAGACUAGAAUCGGUCGAGGCUCCAGAUGAGACUGAGGAGGAAGUAAACUACCUUAAUUCCUUUCAGGAGAAACGAGAUUUUUUCCAGAAGAUAGGGCAAGAACCUAUUCGACUGAAGACAGUAAAGCCACCUGCAAAGGUGCCCAUCCCCCAGGGGGAGAUAAAGCAGAAAGAAGAGGAGGAGAAGGAGGAAAUCAAAGACAACAUUGGAGCCAAAGUUGGAGAUGAAGCUAAAACUGACAUUAGCCCAGGAGCCAAAAGCCAAAAGGAGAAGGAGAGGCCUCAGGGUACUGUGGUUAGAAGCUCAAAGCCAGUCUCUACUCGAGCAGAGCCCAGUAGAGAAAUCCGUAACAUCAUCCGGAUGUACCAGAGCCGCCCAGCGCCAGUGCCUGAACCAAUACAGCCCACCAGGAAACCCCAAAGAGCUUUCUCGAAGAAGAAUGACCCCAAAGACGAGGCUCUGGCUAAACUGGGUCUCAGUGGCAACUGUCUGCCUCCCUCGGUGAACCUGAAGGACUGGGACCCUGAAAUCCUGGGUUUUACAAUUCUGACUCCUUUUCUGUCCCUUCUCAUUCUGGGGGAAUUCUGUCUGUCCCGCACCCCCUUUCUUGCCUCUCCCCCAUCCCCAAUGCCUCUCCCCCUGCCACUUCAUCCUCACCUGGCAUCAGCUCUGGGCCCCCAGAAGACCCCGCCUCCUGUUCUACCUCGGACAAAGCCCACCACCCCCUCUGGCACUUCCAGAUCCAUCCAGGAGAAGCAGAGACCUCUUCUGGAUUUGUUUGCCCCAGUUCCACCCAAGACCCCAAAUCCCCAGCCUCCACCGCCCCCCGCUCCAGCCCUGCCAGAGAGCUCGAUGAUACCCAGUGCAGGCCCAGUUCCAUCCAUGGGGGAUGAAUAUAUCAGUACCCAGUUGCUUCCUCCCUCAAGCAGUGUUUCCUUUUCCUAUGCCAGUGCCUCCUGGAGACUGUUCCUUAGAAAAGAGGUGUUCUAUCCCCGGGAAAACUUCAGUCAUCCCUACUGUUUGCAACUUCUGUGUGAACAAAUCCUACGUGACACCUUCACUGAAUCCUGUACCCAAAUCUCCCCAGAGGAACGGAGCAAGAUGAAAGAUAUGCUGGUGGACUUGAAGGUAGGCAUGGACGCCAGUUCCAUUACUGAAGACAGUAUCAAGAAGAGAAUUGUGGUAGCUGCCCGGGACAACUGGGCCAAUUAUUUCUCUCGUAUCUUCCGUGUCUCGGGGGAGAGUGGCAGCGAUGUACAGCUUCUAGCUGUGUCUCAUCGGGGCCUUCGCCUACUCAAAGUUGUGAAUGAUGCCACUGUCCACACAGGCCACCUCAAGACCCUCUGCAGCUACAGUUUUGCUGAAGUUCUGGAUGUAAAGGCCCAAGAACAUGGUGUUCUCCAACUCUCCCUGAGAAAUGAACAACUAAUAUUGCACACAUCUCAAGCCCAGGCCAUCAAGUCCAUGGUGGAGCUGUUUCUGAAUGAGCUAAAAAAAGACUCAAGCUACGUCAUUGCCCUUCGGAGCUACGUCACGGACAACCCAAGCCUCCUGAGCUUCCACUAUGGGGAUAUUAUUAAGUUGCUGCCCAUGUCUUCCCUGGAGCCAGGGUGGCAAUUUGGCUCCAUCGGGGGUCGAUCUGGGCUCUUUCCUUCCGACAUGGUCAAAGUUGCUGCUGCCUCUGACUACCUCACCAUGCCCAUGGAGCGGAAGGUUGAAGGACACAGGAAUUCUAGGAGAGAAUCAGGAUUGUCUCCACAGAAACAAGCCAUGGAGGUGAGGGAGCUUGGAAGAAAUGACUGGGCUGAGUGCUUGGAAACACAAAGCCACAGGGCCAUCCAGAACAGGCCAACUGUAGUGACUGGGUUGACACUAAGUUUCCUGUAUCUUCAGUGUGAACACCCCCCAAGCCAGGCACCCAGUGAGUACUCUGGGCUAACCAGUUCUGUCUUCUUGGAUGUCGACUCCACUUUGGCUGCUAGCAUCAGCACUUACACCAUGUGGGAGUAUGCCUUACACCACUUCCGGCCGAUACAGACCUCGGAGGGCUGGAUGCUGGACAUGGCAGAACACAGUGCCAGAAGCCUAGUGCAACAUACUAAGGUAAAGGGUCAAGGGUGGGGGGAGCCAAACCCCAAGCUGAGUGAUCUCCUUUCAGAUAACUUCAGACAUGAGGCCAACAGAUCCAGGAUAUAGUCUGUUGUCUUUCUGGAUUACUGCCCCAUGUUUACUGACCUAAUAACUCUGACCCUCAAGAUUCCCAUACAGAAAUCUCUUACCAACUUAACUGAUGAGGAUAUGAACAAUCUAGCUGUGGCAAACUUCAUGGCUGUGAUGCAAUUCAUGGGAGAUCAGCCUAAGAAGAAAGAUGAGUUAGAUAUACCAUAUGAGAUGAUGAAGCUGUGCCGAGACAACAACUUGAAAGAUGAAAUUUACUGCCAGAUCAUCAAGCAGGUUACAGAGAACCCCAACCAGGAACACUGUAUUCGGGGAUGGUAUCUCCUUAGCCUCCUCACUGGUUACUUCCUCCCCUCACCCACCCUGAUGCCCUAUGUCAUCAAGUUUCUAAAGGAUGCUACCCUCUACCAAGAGCUGGCCCAGAAAUGCCAAGGACAUUUACAACAGACAGUUAAAUACGGAGGUCGCCGGCACCUGCCCACCAUUGGCGAGAUGCAAGCCUUCCUGAAGGGGCAGACAGUCCGAUCCCUGCUGCUCCAUCUGCCUGGAGGUAUAGAAUACAAGACAAUCAUUCAGACCUUUACGGUAACAGCAGAAGUGCUGGAGGAGAUGUGUAGCCAGAUGGGUAUCAGAGAACCCCUGGAGGUACAGGAGUUUGCCAUCUUCCUCAUCAAGAAAGAAGAGACCAUUGCCUGGGACCAGUUAGGUACCUUCUCAAAAGAGACAGGUGUACUGGUCAGGCCCCUGCACCCCAAUGAGUACCUCAAUAAUGUGACGCGGGAACCUAAUGUGGAGCUACAUAGUCGCCGGAUUACCUGGGACACACCCCUGCAUUAUGAAAAUGAAAUCUACCUCAGUACACACUACAGCCAGCUCCAUCGAGAUUACUUGCAGGGAAAGCUGCUGGUUAGCACCCACUCCCAAGUUGAAGCUCUGCUAGCUCCCCUGACAGCCCUGCAGCAUCUGACCAGAAAGACCAGUGAUCUGCCUUCUGAGUAUGAGCCCCAAAGGUCUCCAAGUCCAAUCUGCCCAUCACUUCCCUUUAGGUCUCCCUCCUCUGCCUGCCCCAUGCCCUCUAAUACUUUUAAAUCUGGACAUACUUGGCCUGGUAUUCAGGCAGGGCCAAUCUCAAUACCCACAUGGUCUCCCAGGCAGGAUCUGCUGAGAUAUGUCCCACACCCACUACAGCAGCAGGUGAAUUUGAGGGUCUUGAGGAAUCUGAUGGAGAACCAACUGAAGUCUUUGAAGAGAUAUAGCUGCAGAGAAGCCCAAGUCAACUUCAUUGAGAUGGUGAAAUCCCUGCCCCUCUUUGGUUAUACCAUAUACACUGUGCUUCGGUUGAGUGAGCCAGAGAUAGCCACUCCCUGCUUAUUGGGCCUCAACCGUCAACACCUCAUCUUGGUGGAUCCCAGGACUCAGGAACAGUGCUAUUCCAUUGCUCUCAAGGACAUACAGCAUUUACGUCAGCUCAGUCCCCUGGAUGGUGCCCCAGCAAUGGAGCUCAACUAUGGGUCUUUUGCCAACCCCAAGACCAUUUGGUUUGAGUCACCACAGGCCCAAGAAUUACGUUACACCCUCAUCUUCUUAAUGGAGUUCCAUACCACCUCCACUUAGCCUGGCUCAGUUCAUCCUGAGUUGAAAGGAGUAGGGCGGGAGGCAAAGACUUGUUUUCUCCUCCCCCUCCUCCAUAUCCCUUUCCUCAAUCGAUCUCUUCUUGGUGAGCUAAAGCUUCCUAGUGUUCCUGAAUGGGUGACCUAGCUGUGAGGAUGUCAAAGCCUCUUCCAAGACUGGAGCAGAGCUGCAGGCAGGAAUUCAGCAGCCCAGGGUUAAGGUUAAGCAGCCAGAUCCUGCCUAACUCUUUAUGCCAUCAGGAUCCCACUCAUCCUUACCCAGGCCCAGGGUGGAGGGCACCACUGCAGAGAAAAUAAAACCUUAAAC